AUGGUUAAGCGCCGUCCAGAGGAUAAGGUUGAGAUAGGAUGUGUGCUCUCACUUGGAACAGGUCAAAUACCUCUAUCGCCGCUUGAUCCACUCCACGUCGAAAUAUACAGCCCCAUUUCGAGCGCAUUCGCGUUCAAAAAUCUCAGCCUUAUAUUGGUCGACCAGGUGACUGCCACUGAGGGUGCCCCUGUCGAUCGCGCGCGUUCAUGGUGUAACUCAAUUGGAGUUCCUUUCUUUCGUCUCAGUGCGCCUCUUCACAAGGAUAUUGGUCUUGGAAAUAAGGACGACCACGAUAUUGCGCACAUGAUGUGGGAUUGCGUCGAAUACACAUGUCGACAUCGACCGUACAUCACGAAGCUGUGUACCCUUUUGAAGCGGAUUGGCAAGGCCGACCGACGGAAACCCUUUGCGAAAGUUGUUGACAUGCAAACUCAAAGUGCAACCUAG